AUGAGAUUCAUGUUUCGAAAGUUGUUGACUUUUUCAAGUACAUCGACGAGGGAACUGGUUGGUUCACGGAUACCGACCAGAAGGUUCGCGUCAAAAGCUGAUACAUCAUCUGCUAACUAUGAGGCCGUUUAUAAUCCUGAGAAUAAGAUCGCUGACUUGGAUACGUUUGCAAGACGUCACAUAGGUCCAAGUCCCAAGGAGGUCUCAAAAAUGCUCCAUAAGAUUGGUUAUAAUGAUUUGGAUGAAUUUUUGAAUAAGGCUGUACCUCAUCAUAUUCUCUUCAAGCGAAAGCUUAGGGUUCAGCCAGAGCAAGGAUUUACAGAGUCUGAAAUGUUAGAUCACUUAAAUGAACUCGCAAGUAAAAACAUAAUAGCCAAGUCUUUUAUUGGUAAAGGUUAUGCAGGUACAAAGUUGCCUCCUGUAAUUCAAAGAAACCUUCUUGAAAGUCCAGAAUGGUACACCUCAUAUACUCCAUAUCAGCCUGAGAUAUCCCAAGGUAGAUUGGAGUCACUUUUGAACUAUCAGACUAUGGUGACAUCUUUAACCGGUAUGUCAAUGUCGAAUGCUUCUUUGUUAGAUGAGGGAACUGCGGCUGGAGAAGCGAUGUCAUUGUCGUUUCAUAAUUUGAAAGGAAAGAGACCUAAAUAUGUAGUGGAUUCUAAUGUGCAUCCUCAAACAUUGGAUGUGAUUAGAUCACGAGCAACAAAUAUCAGUGUUCAAAUAAUUGAGUUGCCUUUAUCUACGGAAGAGGGCUUGUAUGAGUUGAAAAAAAUUGCAACUGAGGUAUGUGGUGCUUUGGUUCAGUAUCCAGGGACCGACGGAUCAAUUCAUGAUUUCUCUGAGGUAGGCAAGCUAUUGCAUGAGAAUAAAGGACUUUUUGCUGUUGCAACUGACUUAUUGGCUCUAACUAUUUUGAAACCUCCUUCUGAAAUAGGUGCCGAUAUUGCUCUAGGAACUGCCCAAAGAUUUGGCGUACCGUUUGGAUAUGGAGGUCCCCAUGCAGCAUUUUUUGCCACAAGUGAAAAGUAUGCUAGAAAAAUUCCGGGAAGGAUUGUGGGAAUCUCGAAAGACAGAUUGGGGAAGCCAGCAUUGCGAUUGGCAUUGCAAACUAGAGAGCAGCACAUUAAGCGCGAAAGAGCAACAUCUAACAUUUGUACAGCUCAAGCUUUGUUGGCAAACAUCUCUGCGAUGUACGCUGUGUAUCACGGACCGAAAGGCUUGAAGGACAUAGCUUCAAGAGUUUAUGGUUUCACGAGCUUAUUAGCCCAAAGUAUUUCAAAAAAGCAUGAAAUAUUAAAUAAUAAAUGGUUUGAUACUCUAACAAUCAAGCUCAAUGGUGUCACGAGUGACGAAUUAUUGAAAGACGCUUUAAGCAAUUAUAAUAUUAACAUGUUUAAGGUCGAUCAAUCUACAGUAUCGCUCACUUUGGACGAGACGGUUUCAGAGAAAGAUUUGGUUGAUUUAACUGCAAUCUUCACUGGUGAGCCUUUAAAUACAAAGAAUAUUAAUGCUUUUCCCAAAUUCCCAAAGGAGUUGUCGAGAUCAGAUGAAAUACUAACGAAUGAGGUCUUCAAUCGUCACCAUUCUGAGACUGCAAUGCUCCGUUAUUUGCAUUUAUUACAAAGUAAGGACUUAUCACUUGCAAAUUCUAUGAUUCCAUUGGGCUCAUGUACUAUGAAGCUCAAUGCAACUGUUGAGAUGCAAUCCUUAUCAAUUCCAGGGUUUAACUCCAUACAUCCGUUUGCUCCUCCAAAUCAGGCUCAAGGGUACAAGGAGUUAAUAAAUGAGUUUGAAAAAGAUUUGAAUGAUAUAACGGGCUUCGAUGCAACUACAAUGAUGCCUAAUUCUGGUGCACAAGGUGAAUAUACUGGAUUGUCGCUAAUAAGACAAUAUCACAAAUCAAGAGGAGAAUACGAAACGAGAAAUAUCUGUCUCAUUCCAGUCAGUGCUCAUGGAACCAACCCUGCUUCUGCCGCGAUGUGUGGGUUGAAAGUUGUUCCUAUAAAGUGUUUAAAUAAUGGAUCAAUUGAUUUGAACGAUUUGUUAUCCAAGGCUGAGAAACAUAGCAAAAAUCUUUGUUCAAUUAUGAUCACAUAUCCUUCCACUUAUGGAUUAUUUGGUCCAAGAAUUAAGGAUGCUAUCGAUAUUGUUCACAAUAAUGGUGGAUUGGUUUACUUGGAUGGCGCAAAUAUGAAUGCUGCAGUAGGGUUGACCUCGCCGGGUGAUUUGGGUGCUGAUGUCUGCCAUUUAAAUAUUCAUAAAACCUUUGCAUUGAGCCAUGGUGGUGGUGGUCCGGGUCAAGCUCCUGUUUGCGUUAAAGAGCAUUUGGCUCCGUUUUUACCAUCACAUAUAUUUGCAGACACCCCACAUUCCACAGACGAAUCCAUUAGAUCUGUGAACUCAACCCCUUAUGGGUCAGCAUCCGUUCUUCCAGUCUCAUAUUCGUAUAUUAAAAUGUUGGGUGCUAAAGCAUUACCGUACACAUCUGCAAUUGCAAUGUUGAAUGCAAACUACAUGUUGACUAGACUAAAGGAUGAUUAUAAAAUUUUGUUCGUUGACUCUCAUGCUUCUACUAAUGAAGGAUUGAAACACUGUGCUCAUGAGUUUAUUUUGGAUUUAAGAGAAUUCAAAGCUAUUGGAAUAGAAGCGAUUGAUGUUGCUAAAAGAUUACAAGAUUAUGGUUUCCACGCCCCUACUAUGUCAUUCCCUGUUGCCGGUACAUUGAUGAUUGAACCGACCGAAUCAGAAAAUUUAGAUGAAUUAGAUAGAUUUGUUGAUUCUUUAUUAUCAAUUAGAAGAGAGAUAGAGUUAUAUUCUAAAGGUGAACCUAUCGGUAAUGUUUUGAAAAAUGCUCCCCACUCAUUAGAAGAUGUUGUGUCUCUGAAUGACUGGGAAAGUAGAGGAUACUCAAGAGAACAAGCUGCAUUUCCAUUGCCUUUCUUGAAAGUAUCUAAAUGCUGGCCCUCUGUCGCUCGUUUAGAUGAUACUUAUGGUGAUAUGAAUUUGUUGUGUACGUGUCCAUCUGUCGAAGAGGUGGCUGAGAGGUCAUAA